UUCUCUAUCCUUUACGUGCAUAACUCUAUAUUACUUGAUGUGUGUGCGUUGAGGAGUGGCAUGUCCGUUAUUUGCUGACACGUCGUAGGCUUUUCUGUCAUAAGACGAGUCUUCUUGCGAACCACGACGAACCGGUAUAAAUACGAUGCAGCAGCGCCGCCAACAUCUUGCCCCCCUCCCUUCCGAUCCCGUUUGCUCGAGCGAUUCCUUCCGCGUUCCGUCCAUGGCCAAAUCAAACGCCCAUCUGUUGAUCCCAAGAACCGCAGAUGGAACCUCACCGGCCAUCGCCGGCUUCGGAACCACCAAGAACUUCGCGGAGCCCCCGCCGCCGGUGCCACCGUCGACCACCUCGGUCCAAGAAUCCAAGAACCUCAAGAAGAGUGGCGGCCCGACGAGGUUCCUCCUCUUCCGGGGCGGCUCGUGGAUCGACUUCCCUCCCGAGGUGUUGGAUGUCUUGAGGGACGGCCUUGACGCCGGCAGGAUGGCUCUCGAAGUCCCCGUCGGCGGAGCCUCCUAUCUCUUCGACUUCCUUCGGAUGACUCGGGUCGAUCUAAAGGACGGCGUCUCGAGUUCCAUCGGGUGGAUCGACGCGGACGGGCGAUGCUUCUUUCCCCGAGUGCUUCUCGAUGGUCAGAGGAACAGUUCUUCCUUGGACAAGGGGAGAGAAGGUUCGUCGGAAUUGCACCAAGAGCAUUCUGAUGAGACUCCUGAGACGUCGACAACCACGAGUUUAGAUCAACCGAGGGAGUGGCCGGGAGCGGAAACGUUGAGUGACGGGGAUCGACACUACAAGGUGGUGGAGAAGCUGUUUCUUGAUGGAAUGAGGAGGUUUGACCCCAACGUGACCAUCACCUCCGUCCGUAAGUGUUUGCAUUCGAGUUUCCGCGGCAACUCCCGAUUGGAGGCCUUCCAGACGCUGAUUCAGACGACGAAGGCAGCUCGGGGCCACGAAAAUGUCAGGUUCGGUUGGUACGGGACGACGGCGAGUGAUUUGGCCGUGGUAAUCGGUCACGGCUUCGGACGGACCAACAAUAGCCUCUUGGGUUCCCAUGCCCACGGCGUCGGUAUCCACCUCUCACCGCCGCAUUCUCCGCACUCGAGCUCUACGUUGUCGGAGGUUGACAGCAACGGCGACCGGCACAUCCUACUGUGCCGUGCCAUCAUGGGGAAGUCGGAGAAGGUCGAGGCAGGGUCACUCCAGUACCACCCCAGCAGCGACGAGUUCGACAGCGGCGUAGACGAUCUUACCACCCCAAAGUGGUACAUCGUGUGGAGCACUCACAUGAACACCCACAUACUUCCCGAGUAUAUCGUUAGCUUCAGGUCCUCCUGCCACCAAUCUCAAGGUAUUCUCGCACACCAUCACU